UGCUGGACAGCGAUCUUGCUGGUUCUUUUGGUGUUCUCGCUGUCAGCUCUUCCCAACCAGUUUUGGGUUUCUUUUAGCCAAGUUUUAGUUCGAUAAUUUGCCAAGAUGGGCUGCACUUCCGGUUUCAUCAAGUGUUUCCUCAACACUCUUAACUCCCUCAAUGCGCUUGUGGGCCUAGCGCUGAUAGUCAUUGCCACGAUAAUCCUGGGCCAAGCACCUCUCGUCUAUAUCGUUUACCUCUACGUCUUGGGCGGCCUGAUCUUCGUUUCGUCAAUUCUGGGCUGCUGCGGCAUCUGCCAGGAGAAUGUUUGCAUGACAGCAACGUAUGGAUUCAUACUGCUGGCACAGCUAAUAAUUAGUUUGCUGGGCAACUUUGGCUUCAAGUUCAAUGAGGAUUACAUACGGAAGUUUGCCUCCGAGGAGGUGCAGAAGAAGUGGGAUCUGGAGCUGGUGGAACCAGGCGCCAUGGACCCUUAUCAGCGAACGUACGAUUGCUGUGGGCGUAAUGGACCCGAUGACUAUGUGAGCAUCGGUCGGGCCACUCUGCCCGCCACGUGCUACCCCAAGGAGAACCACGAGCUGCCGCACUUCACCACCGGCUGUGCCCAGAGCGCCGGUGACAAGUUCCUGGAGCUCUUCAAUUACUCCAGCGACACCAACUGGAUCUCCGUGGGCAUAACCGCUUUGAUGGUGCUGGGUGCCUUCUAUCUCGUUGGACGCUUCCGCAAGCAGCGCAGGCGCUACCACUACUAAGGAUUCCCUCGAUCCGAUCUAAUUUCUGCUGUCUGAUUAUUGUGUUCGAAUAAACUUGGCUGGAAACUAACAUUCCAUUCCCCCUGGUGGCGGGGCUGAGCUAA